GAAAUGGCGGAAGUAAUUGGUAAUAUUUCCCGUGAAGAAAACGCAACUUCCCCAAGUGCUACAGACACCGGUGCUAUGGAGAAAGCUUUCAAAACCCUGGCUUAUGGCGUAAUUGUGUUCUUUUCUGUGAUCGGUAAUUCACUGAUUAUCGCUGCGUUCAAACUUAACACCAGUGGAAAACUACGCACUGUCAACAACAUGUUUAUUGUCAGUAUGGCUGCCGCAGACUUAUUGAUGACAUUAGGGAGCAUCCCUGAAAGGAUCACGAGAAUAUUGGUCAAUGACCAGUGGAUUAUUGGAGGAAACGCGGGAAUAUUUUUCUGCCGAACGACGAACUUCGUUGAGAAACUUUGCGUAAACGUAACCAUUCUUCAUCUUGUGAUGAUUGCUACAGAUCGUUUUCUUGUGGUGUUUUAUCCUCGCAGAAAACUUAUUACAAGCAAAAGAGCUCUUCGAAUGAUUGUUAUCACUUGGUUUGCAUCAGCUGGUUACUGUGUGCCCUUGUUUUACUAUGCCAACCUACUGGAGAGCGACGGAAAACUCUUUUGCAAAACGCGAUACUUUUUCCAAAAUUGGCGCGUUUGGUAUCUGAUUUUCCUGUCCCUGCUUUUGACAAGUUUGCUUCUAGUGGUCAUAUUAUACAGCGCAAUAGCUAUCCAGCUUUGUAGAAGUAAGACACCCGGUGAACGUCCCUCGUUAAAAAGCCGCAAUUGCACACGAUUGAACAAUCGAGUUCUGAAAAUGGUGGCCAUGGUUCUGUUAGCAUUUUAUUGCUGUUUUCUGCCGUAUUGGAUGGGCUGGAUCUUGUGCUCUUGGUCGAAAAUCAUCUGCAACAAUACAUACACCUUUAUUUCAAUUUUACUUAUGUACGCUAACAGUGCUGUUAACCCCAUUAUUUAUUCAUUUUUCAACGAGUAUUUUCAGGUUGCUUUUCGCUUAAUCUUUACAAACAUGAUACAACAUUGUCUAUGCUGCAAGAAAAAACGAGGCUUACUUGGCGAGGCCCGCAGUAGUGAUAACACCAGCGAAAGGAUUUCGGCCAACAUAAUCAAACGCCAAAGCAUAUUAGAUGCAAAAAUGUUUAACUUAAGAAAACAAACUGGUACACAGGUGUAAAAUUAGUGAAAAAGGUCGUCUUUUCGACGCUGCAAAGCCUGUUAUGUAGCAAUUGUUAUACGUGAUGCUGGGCGUAACUGUUAAUGCCGUACCUUUACUUCCAGUUGUUUAUAUAUUUCUACGCGUACAAUUCCUUCCAUUAACGUUUUAAUAUUCAAUUUACCCGUUUUUUCUUUAAUUUUCAAGAAUUCUCUCUUGUCUAAACUAGGUGUCUCUCUAAACAAUAGGUGUCUCGCACACCCCCGCAAACGAGUACAGAAAACGAAACAGGAUAAUAAGAUAUCAGUUCAAAGCAAUCUGUCUUUCACACGAUGGGAGAUUUGGAAAUUUCAAUAUUUUGCAUUUCCUGUUUUCUAUCAAAGUUGUAAAGCGAUUUUCAAUAAUUUCGCAACUGUUUUUGGUCUCGAGAUUUGUGACUGGCUAAUAAUCGUCUUGUUCUAAUUUCCAGAGAUCGAUUGCGAUUUUUCUCACGCCCCUCAUUUCUUGCCUUAAUUCGUGUAUGUUCUAGAAACUUUCCUUAGUCGGUUUGUCAUUUUGUUUACUGGUUCGCCUGCAACCACUGUGAUUGGCUAGAGUGUUUUGUUUAUGAUCUUUCCCGGCGCUUAGCCGUAAUCUGCUCUGCGAGAUCUUAAAAGGAGCGUUAAACAAUUAACAAAGCGUUGUAGAAUUAAAAAAGAUUUCAUUACGCCUGUAUACGACUUGAGGUAAAACAAAUGAAUGAUAUACCUAUAUUAUAAAAGUUUUAUGGCGUCUUAGUGGUAUCAUGGCAACGCUGCAAUAUGCUUAAAAGUUUAAACUAAAAAUAAUUAAUCUUACUUUAAAGAGUUAUUACUUUUCUUUUACUCCCAUUUGGCGCUGAAACACGCAAGGGAAAAAUGGUUUAUUUCACUUUAACAGAUUAUUAUUUUAUUUUAAGGUGUUUAAGGAGUAAGUUAGUGUUUGGUUAUUAGUAAUUUUUGCAGCCUAAAAUAACAGUAAAUUCGGAAAUCAAUAAUUUCAUGUUUCAAUUCUCUUAGUCAAGUACAUGAAGACAUGGU